UUGUCAUCUCAAAGUCGGAAUAGAGAAAACUUACCACCUCAACGGAAAUCUAAAAAAGAUUCAAAAUUCCCCAUUUGCACGGUGGCAUCCGUUCUUCAGAAUCGACAAAAAAAAGUUAAACUCCACACCCUAGGGCUAGGCGAAAGUGCGAAAGUUCUGCAAAUUUCGAAUUGGGUUCAGUCUUUGUAAACAAAUAGUUGUAUCGGAAUUAUCUCCAUUGGGACUCAAGAUUACCCACAAGUCAUUUUUCAGUUUUGUCUUAUCUUGUAGUUUAUAAAUUUGUGCUGCAUUUGUAAGGGUAUAGACGUGUUAAGUGUGGCAAAAGGAACAAGAGUUUUGUGUAUGAAUAGAAUCGUAUGGAGCUAUUCAAUUACCAGGAGGAAUAAUGGAUUUGGAGUCGGGCCCAGGGGGUUCUGUUUCUGCUGCAGCCAUUGAUUCUUCGAACAUAGGGUUUCAGCUUUUGAAAAAGCAUGGUUGGAGGGAAGGAACGGGCCUUGGAGUUUCUGAGCAGGGUAGGUUGGAGCCCGUACAGGCGUCUGUGAAGAAUAAUAAACGAGGCUUGGGAGCAGAUAAAGUGAAGAAGAAGAUUAAAGAAACUAAAGAUAAUGCAGCCUCAGAUAGAAAAAAUAACCAGGAACGUCCUCCUCCAAAGAAAGGGAAGGGGCUAUCGAAAAGGAUGAGGAAGAUGCAAGAGGAAGAGAGGCUAUUUCAAGAGAAGGAAUUUGAACGAGCAUUUUUUAGGGAAUUUUGGCCAGAAAAUGUUUGAUACAUUAACUCCACAUAUCUAAAUUCAGAUUGUUUCUCUAAAGCGUUAGCAUUCACCAUUUAGAGUCUGUAAAUAUGAUUACACCAAACAAUGUUGUAAAAUUUAAUUUUGUUCACUGUGAGCUAUUUUUAUACCUUUUUGAGCCUCAACGGCAUGUUUCAUGAUUACAGUUUAAUUGUUGUAAAAUAUUAUAUAUAUAUUUUUUUUCCUGGGGUUUUUUC